UUCAUUAUUUCCAAAUUUUGUUCAACAGUGAGUCACGACAAAGCACUUGACUAAGUUGUUUAUGUUUUGACGAAACACCACACGACUGAGUUGUUAUUUAUCAGUCCAACAAAAUACUUUUUAUUUUUUGAUUGACGAAACACUGAAGACGGAGUUGUUUAUCCAUUAUUAAUACCAAACUGCACAUGCAUGACAGUCAUCGUGGUAUAAACAAUUCCUUUGUGGAGUAGUUAGGAAUCUUACGGACCCAUCGUCGUGAAACCAAACAAAACAUAGCGCUGCGUCAGCAAGAGUCGCCAUCGAUCGAUCGGCAUGGCUAUUGGAGACGGCGAGCCGGUGCUACAGUUCAAGAGCGUAUGCGUGGUCGGGGGCGGCAUGGCCGGCUUGGCGGUGGCGCGCGAGCUGCGGCGGGAGGGUCACACGGUCACGGUCAUGGAGCAGAGCGGCGACGUUGGCGGGCAGUGGCUGUACGACCGCAGGACGGACGUCGAGGAUCCGAUGGGCGCCGUGGCGCCGGUGCGCGUGCCUAGCAGCAUAUACGCGUGCCUCCGCCUCAUCAGCCCACGAGAGGUCAUGGGCUGCUCCGACUUCCAGUUCCUGCCUCGGGAGGGCGCCGGCCGUGACCCGCGCCGCUAUCCCGGCCACCGCGAGCUGCACUGCUACCUUCGUGACUUCUGCCACGUGUUUGGCAUCAUGGAAACCGUCAGGCUCAACACCCGGGUCCUGCGCGUCGCCCCCGCGGCGAUGUCGAUGUCGACCACAACGCGCCGGUGGGCGGUGAGGUCCGUGCGGCGCCUCGGUGGCACCGAAGAUGAUGAUGGUGCGCUGGAGGACGAGGAGGUGUUCGACGCUGUUGUGGUGGCUACCGGCAACUACGCGCAGCCGAUGCUGCCGAACGACAUCCAGGGCAUGGACGAAUGGAGGCGCCGGCAGCUGCACAGCCACUCGUACAGGACGCCGGAGCCGUUUCAUGGCGAGGCCGUGGUGGUGGUCGGGUGCGGGGCCAGCGGCAAGGACAUCGCGCUAGACCUCGGCCGCGUCGCGAGGGAGGCGCACCUCGCCGCCAGCUCUGAGGCCGAGGCCACCACGCCGGCCAUGUCGAGGAUGCUGGCGAACCACGGCGACGUCCUGCGCCUCCACCCGCGGGUACGCCAGCUACGCGCGGACGGGCAGGUGGAGUUCGCCGACGGCUCCUCCGUCGUGGCCGACACGGUCAUAUACUGCACGGGGUAUGCCUACUCGUUCCCGUUCCUGGACACGGGCGGGGCGGUCACCGUGAGCGACGGCGGCUAUGUGGUCGGCCCGCUGUUCGAGCACGUGUUCACGCCGUCCCUGGCGCCGUCGCUCUCCUUCGUGGGCGUGCCGAGGAAGGUCCUGAUCCCGUGGUUCUUCGAGGUGCAGGCGCGGUGGGUCGCGCAGGUGCUGUCCGGCCGCCACGCGCUGCCGUCAGAGGAACAGAUGCUGCGGUCUGUGGAGGAGCAGCUGCGCGCCAGGGAGGCCGCCGGCGUACCCAGGAAGCACACGCACAACAUUGCCAGCGUCGAACCUCGAGAUAUGUACGAGUUCGGGGGGAAGUACUGCGACUUCACGCCGACGGAGGAGUGGAAGAAGGAGCUGAUCCUGUCCAGCAACGCGAGCAUGGACGAUGACGUCGAGACCUUCCGCAACCGCGCCGACGGCGACAGCGAGAACGUCCGGAAGGGUCGGCAGGGAUGGCUCGGCGGCUUAGUUGCUCAAGCUCAAGAAGAAACUGCGGUUAAAACUGAAUUCUGAGCAGAGCAGAGGUUAAAAUAUUCCCUCGAUGUUAUCAUAUGGCAUCCAAUUUGUAUCCUGUAGGAGUGUUAUCAUAUGGGUUAAAACUGCAUGUGUCUUCAAACCGUGAGUAAGCUUCAACAACCAGAGGCAAAUGGGUUAUCAUAUGGCAGGCAGCACCCUUUGGAGGGAAAUGUUUUAGUUCUUGACAAAUCAGAAGAGAUGGAGUCAUACAUUUUGCAAACUAUUGUCAUUCCAUGCGUAUAGUGGCAGCAAUUUCAAACAAUC